UAGUGCCAUCUCAGUCCCAGGUUGCUAUCAGAACACCACAACACCACAGGGAACUGGGUACCCAGCACUGAGCACUUCUAUUCUUUGAGCUGAAAAUGAUGGGCUAUAGCAAGAUUUUGCUCCUGGCUGCUUUGAUGUCAGUGCUGCUAUUCCACUUCUGCAGCGAGACAGAAGCAGCAAGCUCCUUCGAUUGCUGCCUUCGAUAUACAGAACAAGUCAUUCCCAGCAGAUUUAUCAAGGGCUUCAUACAGCAGCGGGCCAAUGAUGCUUGUGACAUCAACGCAGUCAUCUUUCACACAAAGAAAGGGUUGGCUGUGUGUGCAGAUCCAAAGAAGAAAUGGGUGAAACAUGCUGUGCACGUCCUCAGCCAAAGAGUCAAGAGGAUGUAAAAACAGAUGCUCUUUGGAAUGAAAUUGGAUACAGGCCAAAAACAAAAAGAACCUCGCUGGAGUUGGUGGUUUCACUUGCACAUUGUUGAGGGUUUAGCAGUUAUCUGAUUUGUGUCAUUGGACUUAUCCAGUUAAUGAAGUUGAUACAUAUUGCAUCAUACUUUACUUUGUUAAACAUUGCAUUACAGCCAAACUAUUUCAUGUUAAGUUAUUUAUAUAUGUCAGCCUUUUGUGUGUAUGUUUUACUAUUUAAUAAUAAUUUCUCAUAAGCUACUUAGUUUAGUACGAGGUAUAAAGUUAUUCAUGGAGGAAUAAGAUUAUAUAAACUUUUUUUGCAAGCAGCAACUCUUUUUAAAAAACUAUUUAACAUUCUUCUGUUUGUAGUUUUGUUUCCUAAAUUGUUGUAAUUACCUGUAAAAGAGAAAAAUGAUGAGAAUAAAUACUAAAACUAAAAGAAAUAACCAAAAAUUGUUUGUUGAUUGAGUUAUAUGGUAUUUAAGAUAUAUAUAAAAAUUAAAGAUCUAGUAGGAAAUAUAAACAUUUUCUGAAAAUUUGUAUUUCCUAUUUACUUCUGCCUACUUAUUACUUUUAUCUCUAUCCCUGAUGGUCUAGGACUUCAUUCUCUGUGAAUUCUAAUGGAAAGUGGGUUUUUUGAUUCAGAGUCAUCCAAACCAGAAAUUAGAAAGAUCCUAUAGCUGAGUUUCAUAGCUCAGUGUUUAUUGAUAUAAAACUCCUAAAAUAAAAAUUGCACCUAUUUGUCUGCAUGAUCAAAGUCCAUUGAUGUAAAAAUCUUGGAAUAUGUGAAUAUUUUAGAAUGUUUUUAAAAUGUUGUAACAUUCCUAGAUGUUUGCCCCUUCCUACAUUUAGACCAUUAAAAAGGACAGCAUUCUGCAAAAGAGGAAAAAAAAAUAUAUAAAUGCACCCAUAUACUUUGUGACUACAGAGACAGAGCAACCAUUUUGAAAUUGCCUUGAGGAAAAUCUCUUAGUCCAUCAUUUUGUCACCAGCUAGGGAUCUAGAAAUGGGCACCUCAGCACAGGAAUAUUCUUCUACUUCAAAAGUUCUACUGAGGCAUCUUUCAGUUGUUUCCAAAAAGAACAUGACGGUGCAAAAUGUUCUUAGAACCUGAUAGAGCCUCACUAACCAGAGGACAGACUUCAGAUGUGUGAAAGCUAGCGAGAACCCAGAAACAAGACAAAAGGACCCUGAACCAGUGUAGUUACCAAAGUUUAUGCUGUGCCCCCACACUGCACUUGGGGCAAUCUGCUUCAGAUUCCAAAGGCCCCUGGGAAGAUCACUGGAGGCAGGAACCCGGAUGAUAUGACGCAAAACCCAGACACACAAAUCCAUAAAGCAGAGCAGUGGUGGGUUAUUUAGUGGAGAGCCCAAACCUGUUAAGUGGCUCAAUAAUCUCUGAAGACAUCUCCCAGGAAUAGUAACAUUGAAUCAUCAGGGAAAGUAUGCUCAAUAUCCUGUUUGUUUAUUCAUAGAACAUGGGUUUAGUAUCUGCUAUAUGCCAGGCCCUGAGCCAAAGGAAGCUGAGAUACCAAGAGGCAAAUUCAAGACUUGAUCUUUGCUCCCAGGUAAUUAGGGUUGAGAAGUGUGGUUAGAAGGAGGGGAUGACAAGUGAACCAAGCUAUUAUGACACAUGGUGAUUAGCACUUGAAUAAUGAAAGUCACAGAGUGCUGAAGGGCAUUUGAGGUGAGGGCUUCCAGAAGGAAAGAAUAAUCAGUUGAACCAUGUUAAAUGGCCAAUGUAUGAUGUUCUUGAACCAUGAAGAUGGCAUUUGUAUAUGGUUUAGUCCAUACUUGAGCUGAAGUAUGAGGGACCAGUAGCAGCCACCCAGUUGUAAAAGGACAACAGAGGGUGUUUGGAAAUACCUGGGGGCAUUUUUCAUUUGUCACAAUGUCUGGAGGGGUACUAGAGGUAUUCAGUGGGCAUGAGACAGAAAUGGUAAACCUACUGAAAUGCACAGGACAGUCUUGCACAAUGAAGAACUGCCUCACCCAGUAUACUAACCAUGCCACCAACUGAGCAAUCCUGGGUGGAGCAGGGGCAGGAGCGGAGUAGUUGCAGAUUAAAUGAAACUGUUACCUCAACUAAGUGUAGUGGUUUGAACUUGAAUGUGGAAACU